AUGCGGUUAAAUUCUGUGACCGCCAAUCGAGCACAGCUGCAGAAGACUGCGGAAUUUGCAAAGUGGAUACUACAAAUUGGUAAUGGAGACACGGUUUCAUUAGAUGAGGAAUGGGUUACUAUCCCCAGUGACCUGUUGCUACAAAAAGGAGAUGAUCCAAAAGCAAAAAUCAUUGAAAGCACCUACCCGGGCCUGCACGACAACUGCUGUGAUCAGAAGUUCCUAGAAGAAAAUGCAAUAUUGUGUACAACAAAUGAGGAUGCCAAAGAAAUCAACGAGUAUGUUAUGGAACAAAUCCAGGGUGACACAGUGAGUUAUCUGAGCAGUGACAGUGUGUCCAAAUCGAUGCACUACAACCAUGAAAUGGAGCAUCAAUAUCCAACUGAGUUCCUCAACACCUUAAAGCACUCAGGAAUUCCAAACCACCAGCUCAAGCUCAAAGUUGGCCUGCCGGUGAUGCUUCUUCGUAACAUCAACCAAACAGCGGGGCUGUGCAACGGUACUCGAAUGAUAAUCACACGACUUGGGGAAAAGGUCACUGAAGCACAGAUCAUAACUGGAGCAUGCAUAGGGGAUAAGUAA